AUGGCGGCCGAGGCCCUCAGGGGACAAGAGCCCCCGGGCGCGGUCCGCGCCGCGCUGCCAGCCCUCACCACCAUCGACCUGCAGGACCUCGCUGACUGCUCCGCGCUGCUCCAGCCCGACGCGCCGCCUACCGGUGACCCGGCCGCCUCGCAGGAUCAUUCCUUGCAAGCAGAAGCAGACUUCGAUCUGCAAAAUUUCAGAGACACAGUGGAUGAUCUCAUUGCAGACUCAUCGUCUUUGAUAUCACCUCCCCUGGCCGACAGUGACUUCCCCUUCUCCCCUUGCAACGAGGACAUACUGCCUUUUGGUCCCAGCUUCUCGCCACUGGGCCCGCAGACCCUGCACUCACCAGCACUGUGCCCUCCAGAGGAGCCACACCCACCGCUGGAGCAGUACUGGAAGGAAGUGGCCGACCAGAAUCAGAGGGCCCUGGGGGACGCUCUUGUGGAGAAUAACCAACUGCAUGUGACGCUCAGCCAGAAGCAGGAGGAGAUCGCCUCGCUCAAAGAACGAAACGUGCAGCUCAAGGAACUGGCCAGCCGGACCCGGCACCUGGCCUCGGUGCUGGACAAGCUGAUGAUCACGCAGUCCCGAGAUUUUGGGGCAGCGGCAGAGACUUUCGUGCUCAAGGCGACUGCCAAAAGGAGCCUGGAGGAGCUGGUCAGCGCCGCAGGCCAGGACUGCGCGGAAGUGGACGCCGUCCUGAGCGAGAUCUCCCAGCGCUGCGACGAAGCCCUGCGGAGCCGGGAUCCCAAGCGGCCCCGGAUGCAGCUGGAGCCGGGGAGUGCGGCCUGCAGGCCUGGGAGCCUGCACGGGGCCUUCCGGGGGCUGCGCACCGACUGCCGCCCCAGGGCCCUGGACCUGAGCCAGAGCGAGCUGCAGGAGGGCGGCUCCUUCAGCACCCCCAUCCGCAGCCACGGCACCAUCCGAACCCUCGCCUUCCCGCAGGGCAAUGCCUUCACCAUCCGAACGGCCACCGGAGGUUACAAAUUCCGCUGGGUCCCCAGCUGAGCUGGGAUGCGGUCACCUGAAUUACUGCCCUGUACUGCGAAGGAAGCGCCCGGAGCCUGAGUCGGGAGUGCAUUGAACUCCUUCCCAAAUCUGGCCGUUCAGAACUCUUCCUGCAACUGAAUGCCACCCAGAAACUUACUUUCGUUUUCUUUAGGAGCAAGAGCAGCUUGGUAGGGAUGCACGUAAAGUGCUGCUAUGGAGCGUUGUAUAGCUCCCCCUUUCACAAUGGAACCGUGUGUAAGUGUCUAUCUAGGUACAUAUGCAGAGGUAUGUGUUUGCAUACGUGUGCCAACUUCUAAAAUAUUUGUAGCAGCUUUGACUUAUUUAGAUUGAGAAGGGACCUAUAAACUUAUUAGAAGCU